AUGACACAUAACGCAAUCUCAUAGAGCCAGUCAGACCGGAGAACCGAGUUCGUCCGAACCGAGCCUGGACAGAGACAACGAGCACGUGAAAACCAGUCAGUGCCUCGAAAAUGUCCACCAUGUAUGCUGCUCUGUAUGCCUGCUUGCUGUUCUGGUGCCUCCACGCUGUUGGAGCAGAGCUGGCUCCACCACAGCAAGUGACCAUGAUGGCCUUGAACACCAAUUACACACUGUGUUGGGACUGGGACCAGAGUGCUGCAGAGAGUGAUGCUGUCACCUUCACCACACAAUAUGUCGCGAAGUUCAAGCUGAAGUCCAAGAAAAAGAGUCCGAACUGGAGCAUGGCGUGUGACAACACACCACACAGGUCAUGUGACCUUUCAGCGUUCAACUUGCACUAUUUGGGCAUCUACGUACUUCGUGUACGAGCCAGUGCGAAUGGACGUCACUCUGACUGGGUGCUAAAGGAAUUCUGCCCUGAUAAAGAUGCUGCUGUGGGUCCUCCCUCCAAAGUGGAUCUUUCUCCUGCUGGAAGCGACCUGGACGUUUUCAUCUCAGACCCUCUGACCAGCACCAACAGCUCCAUGAAGGAACAUCUUUCCAAGCUGUACUACCACAUCCUUUACUGGGAACGCAUUGUAGACACACAGGCUUUAAGAACUGAAACGUUGAGUAGCAGUGCCAACGUGGUGACUUUGCCAAACCUGCAAGCCUGGACUUGGUACUGUGUCAGCGUCCAGUCACGCGAGGACUACUACAACAAAAGCAGCAGCUUCACCUCACCACAGUGCAUGCAGACUGAAGGUGCUACUCCGUGGUGGCUGAUCUUUGUGUACUUCCUUGGCUCUCUGGUGAUCUGCUUCUUGGUUAUGCUGCUCUCACUCUACAGCUCAUUCUGGUGCUACAAGACUGUCAAGUCAACUCUGUGUCCCCCCGACCAACUGCCUCCACACUUGAAGAAGUAUUUUUGUGCCUCUCCUGGGUCUGACAUUCCCCACCUCCUCUCCCGGGAUUCUGAAUCAGAGCUGUUGUGUGAUAAGGUGACCGUCUGUCCAGAGUCACCGGUCCUGGAAAUCCACAACCCUCCCCCUGAGGCCCUGCCAGUUUUGCCAGCAGACCUGGAGCCAGACAGCAGCAGCAGACACAGUCGUCAGGACAGCAGCAGCAGCAGAGACUCGGGGGUUUACUCCACAGGUGGCAGCUCCAGCCUGCAGCAGCCCAGCAGCAACCAAUCCUCAGGACAGGCCCCCUUCGACAUGGAGCAGGUGAAGAUGCAGGACAUGGCUUCAGGGCUGAAGAGUCAGCUUCUGACCGCAGACGAGGGCAUUGUAGACAUGUGUGUCUGAAGACAUGCAUGUGAAAAGACGUUAGCUGAGAAGAGCCUGAAGCAAGGAUGAUAUUAAGGAAGAAAAUGUGCAACAUGCCUUUUCUCUAGCAGUCACUGUGAGACUUAAAAUAUAAGAAAUCACAAGAUGAUGACAAACUCGCACAGGGAACAUCUUGAUCUGCUGUCACUCAGUGUUUCCAGUUUCCAAGGAGGAAGGGUGUACUCUUCACUGUUCCAGGGUUCCUACACAGUAAGGAAAAAUCUGGAAUUUGAUUUUAGUUAUUUCCAGGCCUGGGUAAAUAUGUGGAAAGAGAGUAUGGAAAAAUAUGUGUGUUUCCAGAGCUUUGCCCCUAUUCUGUUCCCUAAAAUAUAAAAUUCAAGAAUUUCUGAAGGUAAAUUGAUCAUACAAGCAUUUUUCUCUUGGCGUUUGGAGCAGGCAACCAGCACAGCCAAAUGUUUCCCACCAUGUGCCAGAACACAGAGGUGCUUUGGUUUCUUAUUUUACAGUUUGUGUUAAUAAUGAUCUAGUCUCGCAUAGCCAGACCUGUCUGCACCUGGUUUUAGCCUGCCAGUGCUGGAGAAAGGUUGGGCUAAAUCCAUUAUUGUUCUGGUAUAGGGAGGGGGGCUCCAAUUGCCUCACAGUGGCCGUUGCCCCCAUGGCCACGUGUUGGCACCACCACUGCCAGAGUGAGCUUGAUGUCGUCAAGGGCAAGGCAAGAAGUAUGGCGUGCGACUGAACGAUGAUCACGUCACACACCACGUCCCACAGCCCAGCUCUGCUCCAGGUGCCUCAUAACUACAGGGUCUUAAAAAGUCUGUAAAGGUGAUAAAUCAGUUUCGCGAAAAUUAAGGCCAUUAAAAAGUCUUAAUCGCCAUUUAACAAGGUAUUCAAUUGUGAAGAUUUUUUUUCAAUGUGAAAUCCUGUUUAUAAUGCAUAGCCAAAAAUACUUGGCAGUGAGUAGCGACUGUGUGAUUCGACUCUGUAAUGUUAGGCGCAGGGAUCUACUGUGCGCCUGUUUCACUCUUAAACACUCCAAAAAAUAGAUCCAUGCAACCGGAAAAUGAUUUACGAGUACGACCAACUGUAAUCUCCCACCCCACCGGACCAUCAAUGCUAAUUGUUCAAAACAUAGUCGGAGUGGCGAUCAGGAGUAACGGGAUUAACCCGGUUGGCCGGUCGCUCUGUGGCCACUUGAACAGCCCCGUUCCUGAAAAACAAGAGCGAGAUGCACCGCCAGUGGCUGAAUCGGUGGGUUUGGCUAUGGUUAGCUGGCUAUUUAAUUAAAUUGGUGCCUUUUAUUGAAACAUAUUCAACUUUUCAUAAAGCUGAUACACUCAUCAAUGUCAUACACAUCACAGCCUGGAUGGAGCAGGUUUAAAAAAAGUCUGAUGUGCUGCAACAAACAAUACAAAUAUAAAUGUUGAACUCUCUGCAUAAAUGGGUAUGAUUACUGACUAGUUAGUAGCCUGCCUAAAGUCAAGGUUGGAGAAUAUCAUGUAGCCUAGAGCAUUCUUCUUGCACAAAGACAGACUGAAACAGCUGUAAUUUGAAUUAAUAUUAUUACAAUAUGUUGAAAAGGUAUUGAAUUUUACUUCCUGUAGAUACCCUGAACUAGCACAUUCUGACAUCUGCUACCAAAUUAGAUGAUUAAAGCAACAUCUUCAUCUGCAUCACAAAUAACCAAAUAUUAAGUGUGUCUGAGGAUCUAGUUAUGCAGUGGUUUGGUCAUCAGAAAAGUAAACCCACCGUGAGGACCUUUAUGGCUGCAUUCAUCAUCGUUUCCAUGGAUGCAAUAAACAAGACUGCCCAGACGCCAUGAAAAUUAAAUGAUUAAUUUUUUCCCAUCUCAUUUUCGGUUCUUACUUAUAAAAGAGAAUAAAAAACAUGGAGGGGGGGGUUAAUAUAAUAUUAUUUAUUGAUUAUUUUAAGUCAUAAGUCAUAUGAGUAGAGGCAGCACCGGUAAGUUUACUGAUUAUUAUUGCUUUUAAUGAGUUAAUGUAAUGAGCUCACAGGUGUUGAUUAGGUAGCAUUAAACAAACACAAGCAGAUGAAGUCAAAGUCGAUUGACUUCUUAAAACCUGGUUGUAGUUGCCGAGGAGUGGGAAGCUUUGAAUGAACAGGGAGCAAAUACACUCAAUUACCAGUUUAUUAGGAACAUCUAGCUCUGCAGAAAGUUCUCUCAUAAUGUUCAGUUUUUGUUGAAACGGUUUUAGAGACUCCUGUAGUUUUUGGGGCGGCUGAAUUGCAUUGUGUAAUUGUACAGGUGUUUUAAAUGGGUGGACAAAAUAACAGAAACACGUAGGUGUCGUUGCCACUUACUGAUAAAAUGAUAUUUAGAAUUGUUCUGUUUAGCGUGUUGCUAAAAUGUGUGGUGAUUUAGAUGAACUGGAACAGAGAAAUCCUCUUUAAACAGGGUACUUUGACUGAGUGAUUUCUUCUGAUAUCCAGAAAUCCAUCCAAAACAACAUCAAAUGGAACAUUUUCCAUCCAAUUUCAUACUGAACUCGUUCUGCGUUGUUGUUGUUUUUUGUCUUAAACAAAAGAAAGGAAGGAUUUUAUUUCUGUCCUUUCUGUUCUCCUCUAACCAGCAAAGAAAUUCAAUAUGACUUUAUACCCAGAUAAAACUUCCUAGUAGUCACUAUUAUGAAAGCAAAGUUUUAGCUUUUGUGUGCAUAUAAUGUGUAUGUGUCUCCUGAGAUAAGCUUGUAUUCAUUGUAACAGGAGCAUUUGAAUACAUUUAUGAUUCUUAUAGAAUCUUGGUGGCAUAUUAGUUACAUUUGUUCUUACGAGAUAUUUGAGACUAUAUUUUCUUCAAAUUUGUCAUCUGGGUUUUAUUAUUUACACCCCUGUUCGUCUUUCAUGCCUGUUUUUUGUUCUUUUUAGUGAGAAGCUUGGUUAUAAAAGAACUUGCAUGUACACAUGUACAGUUGUACAUACAGGCACAGUUAAGUUAGUCUUGUAUGUUAACUUCAAAGUUUUACCUCACACAUUUAUCUGAAUCAUUUACUUCACAUUCCAAAAAGAUGAAAAGCUGAGCAAGCGUAUUUUGUGAAUAAAUGGAGCCGGGAGCGGGUCGUCUCUGCUCUGUGUACUUGUACAAUUUAUUGAAAUACUUUCAUCAUCAUCUGCUUUAUAACAAAAAAUAUGAAUUGCCUUUUCUGCGUCUGCAGUACUAGGAUGUAUGGCUGAUAUUCUGAGGCAGCAGACGGUAAGGAAAUACACAAAACAGGAACAAGUCAAACCGAUCUGCAUGUGGAAUGCGAUGGUAAACAAACGAGACAAAUAUCAAGUCAGGGCAAUUCAAAUUAAUGUAAAGUUUUCAACACCACAAAAUGGACAAAUGAUAUACUUUUGGACAACUCAUUUAUUAAAUGUAACUUUCAUUUCCAGAAGCUUGCUCUUGCUUGACUUGUUGCAGUAUUUCCAGUCUGUUAUGCCUCAGCAUCCUGCCUAUCACGGUCUGUUGCUUCAUCUGUUGAAAUUGUAUAUAAGCAUGUUGCGUAGCAGUGUACUGGUGAAGUGCACAAAGCAGUGGUGAUGUCACUGUAUAUGUCUGGUCUCACAUCUUUGCAUCUACUGCACCAAUGUUAAUGAACAAUCAUAAAAAUGAAAUAAAUCCUGUCUCAUAUCAAA